AUGGAUGCAAUUAGUAAGUUAUGCAAGAAUUUGAAAGCUCUUCACGAGGCGGAACUUCAACGUCAACAUUGUGAGGAAAAUCUGGUAAAGAGUCUUGAUGGUCUGGCUGGUGUCAACGCGUCCAAUUGUAUCGUAUACGAUAGCAAUCUGGAGACGAAGAGUGCAUGGCUUCAGUUUUGUAUACUGUUCAAAGACCUGAGCGUGUUGUCACAGUUCUUGGCGAGAAACUUGCAGAACGGCCUCAUAUUCCCAUUGGAGAACAUAAUAAAGUCGAACACGAAAAAUAAGAGUUCCAGCAAAGCGAUCGACCGGGCUUUCAAGGAGUAUGAGUCGAAAAUGUACGUAUUAAGGUUUUACAAUCUACUUUGCUCGGAACCAGAGAAAGAUUCGAGGAGCGGCGUUUCAGGCGAAGACGUGAGGUGCAAAGUGAGUCAAGUGGAUGUCGCUGAGGCGUUGAGUAAAGAGCGGACUGUGCUGCAGUACGAAAUUUGCGAAGUAACGACUUACUUGUCUGUCGCUGGCCUAUCGUUUUACAACAGCGGUUGUAAAAUUGUGGUUUUCCAGUUUCUACUGAAGAUGAGCAAGCUGAACAACAAGAAAACUGCGGACCUUGUCGAGUAUAUGGUUGACUUCUACCACAGUUUGGAUCACUUCUACAGAGAAGGCCAGAAAACGAUGAACAAGUUCCGCACCUACAUAGACUCGUUUGUACCGAAGUUGAACGAGACAAAGCGGCAGCAAGAAAAGGAGUGGAAGAUGCUGUCCGAGUUGUGUCAAACGUUGCGCAAGUCGCAGUUCAUGACCGAUUACGACACGAACAAGCACAAUUCAAGUCAAGAAUCGUCCAUGUCUGGCGUGCCGGUCAUAGUGGGCGCUGACGCGAUCAGCAUAAGCACAACCAAGUGCGGCUACCUGUGGAAACGCAGCAAGAACAAGAUGCAUCGAAGCUGGAACAAAAGGCGUUGCGAAGUUCGCGACGGCGUAUUCUUCAUAUGGCAUUUAGACAAAAGUUUGCCGCCGACUGAAAUCAGUCUGCUGACUUGUUACAUCAAACCGAUCAAAGAUGAUGACAUGUGCUUCGAAAUCAUAUGCCGCGAUCGGAAACUCUACCUACAAGCCGAAAAUCGGCAGCAGGCUUUAGAGUAA